UAUAUAUCCCAUACAGCACCGAUCAUUGCAGAAAGCUUUCUGAAAGGUUUCAAAAUUAUUUCAACCUUUCACAUUUCAUAUGCAACAUUUCUGAAAGAUUUCUGAAAUGUGUCAUAUGAAAUGUUGCAACAGAAAUGUUUCUGAAACCUUACACGUGAAAAUAAUUUUUGAAAAAUUUAAUUGAAUUAUCUCUGAAACAUUUCAAGUGAAAUGAUUUAGAGGAUCUUUCAGUUGAGUUGUUUCUGAAAUCUUUCACAUGUAAUAAAUUUAAAAACUGUUAGUUAAAUUAUUUCUGAAACAUUUCAUAUGAAAUGAUUUAGAAGAUCUUUCAGUUGAGUUGUUUCUGAAAUCUUUCACAUGUAAUAAAUUUAAAAACUUUUAGUUGAAUUAUUUCUGAAACAUUUCAUAUGAAAUGAUUUAGAAGAUCUUUCAGUUCAGUUGUUUCUGAAAUCUUUCACAUGUAAUAAAUUGAAAAACUUUCAGUUGAAUUAUUUCUGAAACAUUUCAUAUGAAAUAAUUUAGAAAAUCUUUCAGUUCAGUUGUUUCUGAAAUCUUUCACAUGCAAUUAAUUUAAAAACUUUCAAUUGAAUUAUUUCUGAAACAUUUCAUAUGAAAUAAUUUGCAGAUCUUUAAAUUCAGUUGAGCUGUUUAUGAAAUAUUUCAUGAAAUACAUUUAUAAAUUUUUAGUUGAAUUAAUUGUAAUAUCUCUGAAACGUUUAAUAAGAUCGAAAUAUUGCAAAUCUUUCGAUUGAGCUAUAACACCUUUCACAAGCAAUACAUUUAGAAACAACAUUAUAUUUUGUUGAUUAUUUUGCGUUCAAUCUUUUAUAAAUAAGACAUUUUUAUAAAUUCAAAAAUAUUUUUUAAAAAAAGAACAUGCAUGAUUUUUUAUUAUUACCUUAAUAUAGCUGAUAAUGUGUACGUAUUGAAAAAUAUACUGGAAAGAUUUUAAUAACAUUGAAAAAUAAACAAUUAAUUAUUAUUCGAUUUAAUUAAUGUAUGGUUUCAGAUUUUGUAUAUGUAACAUAAUUGAUUUCUUUAAAUCUAAAUUGAUAAUACGGUACUGGUUUUGAAAGAAAUUAAUAUAAAUCUAACGGAAGCGAACACACACAAUUGGUGUUUAAUACAAAGAUAAUUGAUUUAGAUUGCAAUUGUAAUUUUGCUCCGUCUUUAAUAUACGCCUUUGUAUGCACGCUUGUGCAUACGGUUCUGAUGGCCUGGCUAUGAAAAGAAAACGCGCGAAUUUUUAUGGUUGGUUGCAAACUGUUGCGAUGCGCGAUAUGCGAUGAUCCCAAGCGUUCAGAUUUUCUUGACAACUGAAAAUCGUCGCGCGUCACGUGUCGCGAGUCGCAGCAUCGUGCAGUCGUGUAGAUCGCACUGGUCUGCAAGGUUCGACAACUGUAGCUCCAUGUGAUUAUGUGAUACAAUCGCAAGGAAGAAUAGUAUAACACGAUUCAAUAAGUACGAUCCGUGAAGUGUCAAGGACAUUCACACUAGUCCAACGUAUACGGAGAAAUCCAUCAUUCCAACGCAUAGCUGUUGAGAUUGGUAUUUUAUUGAAUAAAGGUUUUGUAUAUUUAACAUUUGUUUCUACUGUACAUGAAUUAUAAAACAAAUAGUUUUAUAUUUCAUGUACUGUAGAAACGAACAAAUAUUAGAAGAUCUAUUAAUUGAAGCAUAUAGCUAUUUCAGUUUUGAUUAGUAUAUUAUUUUAUUAUAAAGAUGGAUAGAAAACACAAAAAUUAUUCUUUUCUUUCUAAACGGCAUUUCCGAAGAAUUAUUGCCAAUAACACUGCUUCAGAUUUAUUAAAUCUUUCCAAUAAUGAAUAUCUUGAAUUGAGAGACGAAUUAUUACAAUCUGAUACUAGUGAAGAUUUAGAGCUAUUAGAAAACGAAUUUGUCAAUAGAAAUGAUGAACUUGUAGACAAUUUAAAUGAAAGUGACACGGUUGACGAUAAUGAAUCAAAUAAUGAAGAGGGAGAAAUGCAUAGAAAUGAUAGUAAUAAUAGUAGUGAAAGUGAUACAAAUGCAAGUGAAUUAACUAAAUCAGUAGUACAUUAUAUAAAUGUUGAGCCUGGCGAUAAAACUGAUAAUCAAAAUGAUCAAUUUAUUAAGGAUAUAGCUUCUUGGGCAAUUAUGUUUAACAUUUUCCACGUUGCUAUCAGGGCACUUUUGAUUAUAUUACGUAAAUAUACGCGACAUUCGUUUCCAAAAGAUCCUCGAACAUUACUCUCAACUCCAAGGCACACAGCAAUUAUUGAAAUGGGCGUUGAACAAUAUUGCCAUUUCGGUUUACAAAAUGCAUUAAAAAAAAUGUUAGAUGAAUAUAAUACAGUUUUAGGCCGAAUACCUGCUAGUCUGGAUAUUUUUAUAAACAUUGAUGGUUUACCGAUUUCCAAAUCAAGCAAUGCGACUUUAUGGCCCAUUUUAUGUUCAGAUACAGUUUUAAAAUCAGUUUUCAUUGUGGGAGCAUACUAUGGUCAAAGAAAACCGCAGUGUAACAAUGAGUUUUUAACACAAUUUGUUGACGAAGCAAUUUUAUUAAUUAAUACAGGACUCUUUUAUAAUGAAAUUCAAGUACAAAUUAAUUUUCAUGGAUUAAUUUGUGAUGCUCCAGCAAAAGCUUUUAUUUUAUCAAUAAAAUAUCAUACCGGUUACAAUAGUUGUUCGCGAUGUACUAUUACAGGUGAAUUUUUAGAUGGACGUUUAUGUUUUCCAGCGACAAAAAUAAUUGAUGCUUUAAGAACUGAUGAAGAUUUUGCUAAUAAUAAAUACGACGAUUUUCAAAUUGGUGAGACGAUUUUAAAGCAAAUUCCUAAUUUUGGAUUAGUUUCUAGCGUUGUAAUUGAUUACAUGCACCUUAUAUGUUUAGGAAUAAUGAAAAAAUUGAUAUUACUUUGGAUUAAAGGUCCGCGUACUGUAAAAUUAUCUCAACAGUUAUUAAAUCAGAUUUCAGGAGCUUUAUUAAAUUUGCAAAGUUGUGUACCAAAUGAUUUUGUUCGACGCCCACGAUCACUAAAAGAUGUAAAAUUAUGGAAAGCAACGGAAUUUCGUCAGUUUCUUCUUUACACGGGUCCAGUUGUGCUACAGGAUAUAUUAAGAAAAGAUGUGUAUAUCAAUUUUAUAACAUUACAUAUUGCUGUAACAAUUCUUGCUAGUCCUAAUCUUUCGAAAGAUAAUAAUAAUAUUACAUGGGCCCAAAUGUUAAUAGAGUAUUUUUUAAAAUGUUUCAAAAAAAUUUACGGAGUUAAAUUUAUGUCUCAUAAUUUCCAUACUUUGUUACAUAUUUGUUCUGAUGUGCGGAAGUAUGGACCCAUUGACGAGUUUAGUGCUUUCAGAUUUGAAAAUUACAUGUCAAAUAUAAAAAAAAUGAUUCGAAAAAAUGAGAAACCUCUUCAACAAUUAUCACGAAGAUAUUCCGAACUCAAUAACUUUAAUAUGCUUAGUAAGAAACAAAAAAACAGUAAUGAAAUUUGUUUUGAAAAAAUUCACUCAAACGGACCUUUAAUUGAUGGUUACAACUUUGCUUUUCAGUAUAAAAUAUUACGAACUAAAACAUAUACGAUCCAUUCCAAUAGCACAAGUAAUAAUUGUAUUUCAUUUGAAAAUGGAACUGUAAUAUCAGUUUUAAAUUUAGUCAAAUGUAAUGAUAAUACAAAAUUUAUAAUAGGUAGGAAGCUUAAAGUAGUAAAAAAUUUGUAUUCUGAACCUAUCUAUCCUUGCGCAUCAGAAGAGUUGGGUCUACAAGUUAUGCGCGAAGACACUGCUGUAUGCCUUUGGCCGUGCGAGAAUGUUCGAAAUAAAAUGUGGAAAAUGCCGUACGAUCAUAAUCAGUUUGUUGUUUUCCCAGUAAUACAUACUUAAAAACGGUCGAUAAUAGUUCAUAUAAAUUUCAAAAUAAUCACGAGAGUAUUUUCAAUUUGAUAAACAAAAUAUAUAAUAAUACAUUGAACAAAAAUGAUUAUAAUGAUUUUUGCAUAAUUAGAUUAUUUUAUGAAAAAUAUUCAGUUUAUUGUCGCGCAAUAGUAUAUAAUGUAUUCAACUUUUUUUAUAUAUUAUACAUAAACUUUAGCAAUGCUUUUAGGCAGGAUAUGAAGAGUUUUCAUUAAAUUUAAUUAAAUAAAGUAUUACAUAUAUACUGCGUAUGUGUGUAUGUGUAGAUGCGUGCGUGUGUAUGUAUGUAUGUAUACACACACACACACACACACACACACACACACACUCACACACGUGCGUAUGUAUGUACGCAUAUGUGUCUGUAAUUGUCAUUGACUUACAUUUUCUGUAAAGAAUAAUAUUCUUAUUAUUAUAUUAUUAAUGUUUAAAUUAUUUGUAUUUAUUUGUCGAUUUAUCGCGAGUCGGUUAUUUGUCAAUUUUUUACGAGUUUUUUUUAUUUAUAUAAAUUUAAAUAUUUUUAAUAUAUAUAUAUAUAUAUAUAUAUGUGUUAUUUUUAAGUUUAAUAUGUAUAUGUUCUGUAUAUGUUUUAUAUGUAUGGGAUAUUUUUCAUACUAAUUAUAAAAAAAGUAGUUGUAUUUAAAGUAUACUUGUUUAUGGUCGUGUUUUGACUUUAUACUCAGACAAACACAUAUGUUCAAAAUUAGGACACAAAAGAUCUCUGUUAAAGGUAUUUUAAGCUCCAAUAGAGUAGACUGCGCUACAGUUUUUGUGUUGCAGAAUAUAAUAAGUGAAAAG